UUGAAUCCCCUAAGCCAGUUGCCUCUCAUUUGGGAGAUAAAUAAUCCAGUUAAGCGUUUCUUAGAUUACAGGAAGGAUAAAUUACAAUUCGAAAAUUCAAACAUCAUUCAUCAUGAAAUUCCUAACAUUCCUUCUGUUGUGUGUACCACCUGCAUUGACUCUGCCCAAAGGGUCCCGAAUUGUAGGGGGUAGCCAGGCCCGAGUUGGUCAAUUUCCCUUUGUGGCGGCAAUUUACGUUACCAAAUCUGGAGGUACUUACUUCUGUGGAGGUGUUUUACUCAGUAAUCAGUGGGUUCUGACCGCUGGGCAAUGUGUGGAUGGGGCUACUUCCUUUAGAAUCCAACUGGGGUCAAAUAUUCUAGAAGGGACAGAUCCUAAUCGUGUUACUCUAGCCACAGCUAGUUUCAGCCUUCAUCCCAGUUAUAAUCCUGAAAAUUUAGAAAACGACAUUGGAUUGAUUAAACUGCGGCUUCCAAUUGAGUUUAAUCAAUAUAUUAGUGCUAUUACAUUGCCUAGUAGUUUCACUCCUGAUUAUAUUUCCGUCACUGCUGUUGGAUGGGGACAAGUCGAUGAUUUUAGUACCGGACUUUCUAAUAAUCUUGAUUCUGUGACUCUUACAACAAUUUCUCAUGAUGAAUGUCAAUUAACUUACGGUCCGCAGAUUACAAAUGAUAUGCUCUGUGCUGCUGGAAACUACAAUGAGGGUAUUUGUAACGGUGACAUGGGUGGGGCUUUAAUUCAAACUGUUGGUGGUACUGCUGUGCAUGUAGGAAUUGCAAGUUUUAGAAGCCAUAAUGGGUGCGAAACUACUGAUCCUUCAGGUUUCACAAGGACGAUUGCGUACAGAGAGUGGAUAAGAAAUGUAACUCAAUUGUAAUUUAAUAAACAUCAAUUUAUUUGGAUUACAAAUUAAAUACUGCCCACAAACGUUUUAUUUCC